UGGAUUAGAAUGCUCACCGUGAAGGUUUUCCCAGCAAGUACAGACUUUCACCUUUUCUGUAUGAAUAAUGUCUGAAUUCACUCAAGCCACCUUGGUUUGGGAGAAGAGAGCAGGAACAUGCUGGAGGUUUUAAUACAGAGAGCAGACCUUUGAAUGGUGGUGGAUUAUCCAAAAAUGCUUUUGCCAGGCUCCCUGUUAAUGGAUGUACAGGAUGGAGGGAUGCAGAUAAUUAGCCACAUCCCCACCAUAAAUUACUAUACACUUCUCGUUCCUGUGGGGAACGGCCACAGAGCUUGUGGGAUGGAAGAACUGGAGUUUCUGACCCUUCUGCACUCCAUCUCGCAACUACUCCAACAGAGCACUGCAGAAUUUAGGGCUUGAGACUAAUGACAGAAGAUCACGAGAUUGGCUUAAAGGCAGCCAGAUUAAAAAAACAUAACAUUAACUUGAAAAUAACUUUUUUCUUCAUGGUCUCUAAGGUUUUAGGAUACACUUUGGUUAUUUUCUUAAGCUUUUCUCCCCAGCCAGGAAGCUGAUUGAUGCUGUUUAUUCUAAUGAAACUCAUUGAUUCUGAAAUAAUCACUUGAUAUUAGGAGCUGUGCCAUUAAAAAAAAAUGAAAUAAAAUUACAGGAGUGAGGAACUCCAGUAUUAGGAAUAUGAAAGGGCUUUUAAAUUUUUUCAAAGGUUAUUAUGCCCUCAACACUUCGCUGAUUUUUUAAAGUGCAUAAUUUCAUUUGAGUCACUUCCCCUAUAAAUUACACGCUUAAAAACCUGCUGAUGUUGCCUCCAAUAUCAAGAAAAACAUCUCACUUUAGACUUUUUUUUCCACCCCCUACCGUAUCUCUGUUUUAUCUCAAUAGAUAAUUUCAGGCAAAGAGGGUGUUUUUUCCUUAGGAGCAGCACAGAUGAACUCAGUUACAAUUAGGUACCACAUACAAUUCAGAGCUGCCUUAAGUCUUCGGUCCUUCUAGUUGUUUUUCAACAUAACGGCUUAUUUUUCUGUGUUUGUAAUUAACUUUGGAACUGGAAUUACUCAUUUUAAGCCAGGUUUAGCAGGGAGCAGUGUCAUCUCAUCCUGCGAGAGUCAGACCAAUUUGUGCAGAGGUCCCAAAGGCAUUGGGAAGCCUCUGGGAAUUUUUUCUGUGGGCCUCAGCGGGUUUGGGAAGAAAUCUGUGGGACCCUAAAGAAUAGCAGAGGCAGCCAGAGACCUCACUACCUCCACUUGGGGCACAGGGUGAAAGCGGCCCCCAUCACCCUGCAGAAGUGAGACAAACCCAGCAGUCGAUCCAGCCACCCAAGCCCCCUCACAACUUUAAUAGCCAUAUUUCUCCCCAGAUUUUGCUUGGCAUUCCUCCUCCGCAAUGACGAAGCUUCUCCAUUAGAGAACAAACCACUUCUACCUCCUCCCCACCCACCGUCCACCGUACCACAAAGCUCCCUGAUCUCAGGACGUGGAUGAUGUGCAGCGGGAAUUCACAAGAUCUCACCCGAAUUGCUGAAUUACCAAACAACAGAGGUUCUGUACUCAUGCAAACACCCCCGAGACAAAAAUAGGGAAAACUCAAAGAGAAGUAUAAAUGUGUUUAUAGCCAGAAUAGUCUCCACAAAGAAUACUUUGUGCAGUUUUACUAUUGUUGUUUUUUUUUUUUUUUUUCCCAGAAGCGUCAGCAGUCCCUUAGGCGUAUAAUUUAUAAGAGGCUAAAAUCUAAAUUAUGUAUCAAAAAUAGGGAGAGAUGCAACUGGAGGGUAAUAAUGCAUUUCAAAAAUAACUUCAGAUGCGUCGUUCAGAGCAGCAGCCUAUAGCCAGGAAGGAGUGCCCAGUCAGCAAAGGCAGCAGAGGAUUAAUAAUUGCUCUUCCCUACAUAAAAUAACUGGUAGAGAUUUGGGGGUUUAAAUUUGGCAGCAGCCGGCCUAUAUCCUGGAAUCCCGGAUCUAUUUGGAGGACUUAUCUGAGGGGGUGAUCCAGAAAUACCCUAAACAAAACAGAAAACUGAGCCUUGCUCUCGGGGCAGCUGGCUUUGCAGUGCUGACGCUCCCAUCGUACAUGCCCGGAUAUCUGAGAGGACACUGCAGAUCUGAACUGUCUGAAAUUAUUUUUCAGACUGAAAAGAAAGAAACCUUCUGUUACAGACACGCUGCUCCAAUACAGCCCAGGGCAGACGUUUGUGGAAAUACAAAUCCUGUAGCCAUGGCUUUGAAUUCUCAAGGCACUGCGCUAGCACCAGCCCUCUUAGUUCUCCUUAAGCUGUUCUGCACACGUUAGGGCAGGUCUCUAUCUUCCUGCUAACCUUCACUGAAAUGUAGGGAUGGGUGAUCUUUUACUAAUAAUUUCUGUCAGGCUGCUUAGAAGGGGAUUUAGGCGAGGAUAAAGAAACUGUGAGUCACACAUAAAAGACGCUUCCACGGUUUAAGUUAGAAGAACUUCCCCCUCAGCUCUUUUGCUAGCGUAGGUACCAUACUAUGACUAGCUUGUCUCUCACAGCUGAUUUUUUUCUUUCUCUGUGUACUAGCUGGAAAGUGUUGUACUGUUAUUUUUGUGACGGUGCUGCUGAAAGAUCCCCAGAUACCGUCACACCGACAUCACGCAGUACAGGGGUUUGUAGGGCCGUGGGGAACCUACAGGCUGGGUGUACAGGAGAAAGGACCGAGCGCUCCGACCAGAGGCACAGGAAAAUAGAGGAGAGGAGCAUCUUCAUGUAACCUCAGAUGUCAGGUGGUGAUGCCCGUGUCUGGACCAGCAGUCUCAAUUUUUUUUCCAGGUAAUGGGGAGAAACAGGUACUUGUGGAGCAUUACUCACCUGACCUAUUUGAAGUGCCUGCCCUCACCGAAGGUAAACACCCCCUACAUGUGCCUCUGCUGAGCGCAAAGGCAAGGCUAGAUGCAGGUGCCUACACUGUGAAUUACGACGUUUAAGAGGAAGGGUGCCACCUUACAAGAUUCAUUCACUUCACUGAAACCACCCACAGAGUGAGCGAUUGGUGCCAAGGCUGUGGGUUUGCUGGAGCAAAGCCCCUCAAACUUUACUUGAAGCUAAAGCUCAUCCUCAUGCAUCUAUCUCACGAGCCUUUUAACCAUCCACAUUUCCUGCCACAAAGAAACAGAUUCAAGUGGAAAUCUAUAGGAGAGAUGGAGAAAUCUAGGCGUAAACCAACUGAGAACCACCCAGAACCGCAUGAUACACAUUCUCCUUCCCCGUUGUUUCCCUGUUUCCCACCAGCUGCCAGCACUCGAAACGUAAGGCAGGUCCUGCUCCAGCCCAGCUCCUGGGGUUGCUGCCAGGGGAACAGAGGAGCAAUUCCUCUCCAGCUCCCUUCUCGCUGCACUGGAAGAGUGCGAGUGUGAAACACUUACGUGGGAAGUGACAAAGCCAUGUUCACAGGUGGCCAUCUUAUGCUCUCUUGCUAGACUGGACAAAAAUAUUCUUUGGAAGUGUUAAAACCAGAACAAUAGCAGCAGGGAAGGCAAUAGGCCUGAGCUCGUGCACCACCCCUUGUUCCUUUCCCCACAAAGCUGCAGGGCAGAUGACUCUGGACAUGCAAUUCCUUGCCUCGUGGGCUUUAGUUUCGUGUGAGGGCUGUGUUGUGAAUGCAGGCCGUGGCUUUCUCACAAACAUUUAUCUUCGCUGGUAUCAGGGCUCCAGUUGGGUGUCAGGGUCAGAGUGAGCCGGUAACAGAUUUUUCCCUUCCUCUUUUCAGGGAGUUUAUCGUUCUCCUGGGACGAAGUUUACUGCUCCCAGGGAAGGCAGUUACGUUGCAAUACUCCUAGAGUGUGGGAUGGUAAAAGGGAAGCGAUACGACAAUAAUCACUGAUUAAAAAGGAAGAAUGAAAAGAAUAAGAGCAAGUGGCAGGACUGCUAAAUGCUGAUCAAUGCUUUAAGACAGCCUUUGAUUUUUUUUAAUUAAUUAUACAUUCCCUCAUACUUUGUACUGCUGUUGAUUUAAUUGGACUCCUUAUUUUUAGACAACUACAGCAAGAAGAAGAUAGGGUACGGCUUUGAGAAGCUCAGCUCCAGCCUAAUUCAGCCUCAUUCAAUUCCACUGGGAGCAAAAUCAGGCUACUGCUGAGCUCUUCUGAAAGCCUGGUGCUCUUGCUGCAGGUUUAGCACACCGAAUGUUUAUCUGCCUUAUAGGAUGGAAUAAUUUCCAUGCACAGGAAUCCAGGCAGAGCUGGGCUCAGCACCCACAGAUAUCUCCAAACCUUCACAUGGGAAAGAGUAAGUGUUGAGCAGCAGGAAAAGGUAUUGAGGUCUGUCUCCUCCCAGCAGAAUUUGCCCCGAUACUCGCUUCAGCCUCACUGCACGGAGUUUAUUUGCACUCUGUGCAGAAGCACGUCUGCCAAUGUGCUUUGCUGAGAUAAAGCACCAAGAGUUAACCUACAGAAGGGGCAAAGAGGAGGGCACUGAGAAAUGUCUGUUUUCAGCUGCAGCAUGAAAUCAUCCAUUGCCGCAGGUGAAAGGGACGCAAGGGACUGGAGAACACUCCUGCAAGCACGCAAUAAUUCAGAUUUCAUCGAGCCUCCUUAUCUGUGCUUCCCCAGGUGCUUUGUGAGAUUGUGGAGAGAGGCGGAGGUUAGCAGGAGCGGGCCUGUUCAGAGAAUGGGGAAGGACUGAGGCCAGGGGGUUGUUACCUCCUGUGCCUGUACGCACACGAACCAGCAGCUGCCAGCACUGGGAGCACGGGAUCUUGCAGACCUGUGGCUGGGAGGCCAUUAUCCUGAAAUAUUUGGUGAUUUUCUCUAAGCCUCAGUUCCUGUAGUCAUGGGAUCCCCCCGACACGUAUGUCUUGUCAAAAUACACGUUCUGCUCUUUCAGCUUCCCCCAGGAUAAUCAUUUCCACAAAGCUUUCCCAGUAUAUCUGCAAUUGCAGCCAUAUAAAAGUGCUUAUGUUGGUACAGUUUAUCCACUUUCAGAUCUGAACUCCUGUACAGUCCUUGGGUUCUGCCUACUCUGAUGAAUCUUCAGCGGAAAAAUGCGUAGAGCAUGCCUUAGCUGCCUUUGAACCUGCUCUGUCUGUGAACAACCAGCUCCAGGAAUGCCAAAACUCACAGAGCUGCAUUUUGUGCACCUCUGUCUGAUGGCUGACGCUUUUCUUAGGACCGCAGCAUUUCUUCAGGCUUGCUUCUGCAAGGAUCCUCUGAUGUCUAGUAACAAGUAAGCUCACCUUAGUCUCAUCGAGCUAAUGCAUUCCUGAGGUUUCUUAUGGCUGUCUGUUCUGCAUCUAUUCUGUAUUUUCUCUUUUUGCCUUAACCUCGGGCUCUCCAGGCCUGGCUCCUGGCUGGUGAUGGCACGCCUGCGGCUGGCUUGGGCUGCACACGUUAGGGCAGCGGCUCCCUGACUGUGUCUGCAUUCAGAAGGCAAUGCUGGGUGGGGAUGAAAGCUGGGCUGCAGGUUUCUGUUCUGUGAAAUGCACGGGACGAGUUUGCCUCUUGGAAGAAUGGGAUUCAGGACUCCAGAAGGGCUCUCCCACCUCUUAUGGCGCACUUACACACACCAUUGACCAUACACGGCUGGGUAUCAGCCUCUGAAAUUUACAGCAAGUCAUUAUUCUUAGCUAGCAUCUAGUAUUUUCCUUUCCUGCCUACUUUUUACAAAGCAGCUCUUCAAUAUUUAUCAAGAAGGAAGCUUCCGUAAUCGCAGAAGCCUGCAUAGCAAAGUAGUCUUUAAAAACCAAGGGGACUUUACAACCAGUCCUUUUCCACCCUUAGCACCUGCCACUCAUUUAAUUUAUAGCUCUUCUUCAUUCCAUCUCCCAAGAGCCCACUCUGAUAGGGUGGAGAGAGGGGGGCUUGCAAGCAAGGCUGUCGUUUUGCAGUGCCAGCACUGCAGGAUGCUCCUCCCAGGCACUGCCUGUGAUGCAGCACAUUUGGUAGCGCUGCUGUUAGGGACAGCUGCUGGAUAGCAGGAGCAGAAGCGGAGCAGUGCCGUGCAGCACGGCACAUAUUGCCUCGUCAGCCUGAUGGAAGGAAAGACCGAAAUCCUACUGCCAUUCCUGCUGCAUUUAUGAAAAAAAAAAAGCACUUCUGAGUAUGCUUUCAAGAUAUCAGACAGGCAUGCAAACUAGAGAAGUUGGGGAUCAGUUGUAGAAGAUUUGCAUCGUGAAUAAUUUUAGAAAUACACCCCCACAUCAGUUCGUGUACUCCAGUGCGGGGGAGAGCUACGCUAUGGAAAUGAGAUGAUGCCAGGGUGUGUGUGUGUCUGCCUGUUUUACAAUACCUGCCUGAAAAGAUCAAUCUGGAUAACAAGGUCUUCAAGGCAAGCAUCCAAGACUUGGCCUCCUACACAGCCCUGGCACUCGGAUGAGGUUUGCCUCCACUUGGGAGAUGCUUCUGGUAAAGUGCUAAGGCGAGGUGCGAGCCGUCCUUGGUGACUGGCAAAGGAAAAAUGACGAGAAAAAACACUUCGUUCUCAGACAACCCAUCUCAUCUGAAAAUCUCGAUGGUCAAAACUCUUUACUAAAGGGAAGCGCUGAAUCUCCCAGCAUUUAGGUACUUGAGCAAUCCCAAAACAUCAGCAGUCAUAUUGCCAGAGAAUAUGGACAGGGGAGGCAGAGGCCAGGCUGGGUUGUGUCUCUGAUCCUCACGUGCACAGGUAUACAGCACAAGCUUUGCUCAGAAACAGCAGUGAGGAUUUUGCCUUAUUUUUUCCCAGUCCAUUGCUCCCAGUGCCUUAGGUGUCAGAAUUAAAAUGAUCACGGAAUUAAGAUGACAGUGUUGGGACUCGCUUCACCGUGAUUCUCGAUGUGCACCAACAGGAGCUGAGCACCCUCAAGGUGAGCACUGCGAGGCUGGCAGGCAUCCAGCAGUGCUUGGCCCCCGCGAAUUCCCACUCUGAGCCUCAGGUGGCUCAGAAGGGACUGAAAUGAUGGGGGGUAGGACGUGCUCAGCUGGUGCUUUACGAUCUGUUGCUGUGCCCUGCUGAGGUCUCUGAGCCCCGUUGUGCCAGGCACUGGAGAGUGCUGCAGCUGCAGAGAGCAUUUUCAAUGUCAAACAGCCACCUCGAAGCACAGAAAGGUGCAGUUACUCUGCAAACAUGAGAGCUGAGCGCUAGAGUAACCAGUGCACCACGAUACCUGCUGGAUUUGGGAGCCCUUAAUUGAAGGCUAUGAACUGGGUCAAGGAGAGCCCCACGGUGCGAGGACAGAGCGGGGCCGUGCGGAUGACGUGCUGUGCUGCGGGCUGCGGCAGACCUUUGGUCAGACAAAAAGCACUGGCGUCAACAGGUGGAAGAAGCGUUCAAGCAGCAUGCGACUGGCUGUUCUCCCAUGUGGGUGACCCAUUCCUCGAUGACACCCUGCCCCGGGAGUACGUCCUCUACCUGCGCCCCACCGGCCCCCUGGCUCAGAAGCUCUCUGAGUUCUGGCAGCAGUCAAAGCAGAUCUGUGGGAAGAACAAAGCUCACAACAUUUUCCCACAUAUCACCCUUUGCCAGUUCUUUAUGUGUGAGGACAGCAAGGUCGACGCUCUCACUGAAGCUCUGCAGGCCACUGUGAUGCGGUGGAAAUGCAAGUUCCCUGCCCCUCUGCCUCUGGAGCUCUACACGUCCUCGAACUUCAUCGGGCUUUUUGUCAAGGAAGAAAGUGCUGAGGUGCUCAAGAAGUUUGCUGCAGACUUCGCUGCAGAGGCAGCCUCCAAAGCAGAUGUUCACGUGGAGCCCCACAAGAAGCAGCUCCACGUGACGCUGGCCUACCACUUCCAAACCAGCCACCUGCCCACGCUGGAGAAGCUGGCGCAGAACAUCGACGUCAAGCUGGGCUGCGACUGGGUCGCUGCGAUAUUCUCCCGAGACAUACGCUUCGUUAACCACGAGACUCUGCAAGUGAUCUAUCCCUACACACCCCAGAAUGAUGAUGAACUCGAGCUGGUCCCAGGGGAUUUUAUUUUCAUGUCCCCAGUGGAACAAACCAGUACAAGUGAGGGCUGGAUUUACGGCAUUUCCCUUGCAACUGGCUGCUCUGGGCUGCUGCCUGAAAAUUACAUCACGAAGGCGGAUGAAUGUGGGACCUGGGUGUUUCAUGGGUCCUACUCGAUUCUGAAUACUACAUCUUCCCCGUCCCUUCAAGCUUUCAGCGACGGAGCUCUGGAGAGAAGGCAGCAGGAAGACCAGGGGCCUGGGGACACGGGGCCACUCACUAUCAUCUGCCAGAACGUGCAGCCGCUGAGAAUAAGCAGUCAGCCAGGGCCUCAGAAGCGCUGCCUUUUCGUCUGCAGACACGGGGAGAGAAUGGAUGUAGUUUUUGGGAAGUACUGGUUGUCACAGUGCUUUGAUGCCAAAGGAAGGUAUAUGCGUAGUAACCUGAAUAUGCCUCACAGCUUACCUCAAAGAAGCGGCGGUUUCAGGGAUUAUGAAAAAGACGCGCCAAUCACCGUGCUGGGCUGUAUGCAGGCAAGGCUUGUAGGUGAAGCCUUGCUAGAAACUAAUACCAUUGUAGACUACAUCUACAGCUCCCCGUCCCUACGCUGUGUACAGACAGCACACAACAUCUUGAAAGGUAUGCAACAAGAGAACAACCUGAAAAUUCGAAUAGAGCCGGGCUUGUUUGAAUGGACCAAGUGGGUCUCUGGGAACACACUACCUGCUUGGAUACCCCCCAUGGACUUAGCUGCAGCUACUCUAAGCGUUGAUACAACCUACAGACCUCAUAUUCCCGUCAGCAAGUUGGUGGUUUCUGAAUCUUAUGAUACGUACAUAAGUAGAAGCUACCAAGUAACAAAAGAAAUCAUCAGUGAAUGUAAAGGCAAAGGAAAUAACAUCCUGAUAGUGGCACACGCGUCCUCCCUGGAGGCUUGUACCUGCCAGCUCCAAGGGCUCUCGCCGCAGAACUCCAAGGACUUUGUACAGAUGGUCCGAAAGAUUCCCUACUUGGGGUUUUGUUCAUGUGAAGAACUCGGAGAUACAGGUGUUUGGCAGCUUACAGACCCCCCCAUCCUCCCCCUCACACACGGACCAACUGGAGGCUUUAACUGGAGAGAAACCUUACUACAGGAAUAGGCAAAGCCACGCAAGCAAGGAGAACCCACGGCCUUUCUAAGCGUCGGAGAAUGUCUCUUCGUUCUUGUGUUUAUUGACAGUGGAGAAGUAGUCCUACUACGUUACGUGGAUCACACAAACAGCUCUUCUAGCAUAUCUCUUACACGGCCAGAGUCACGCAAAAAUUCUCAUAUACAACCAGGCAAAUACAAAAGGGACUGAUUGGGAGGAAAAAUAUUAAAAUAUAGAUCGAAACUCUUGCACUGCAGGGAAUCUCUGUUUAGUGAGUUGCUCGGGUAAAUUUUCCCACCUUGAAUGGAGCUCUGUUAACACCAGUAACACUUACUGCCUUCUGCACCCUGUUAGUAACAGCUAGCACUGCGUGAAAGGCGAGCAUUCAGGAUGUGUUUGGGUUUUUUUCAUGGCUAUUUUUUGCAAAGCAUUAGCAGGCUUGCUCAGGACCACGUGUUGACACCCUCCUCGCUCACAACCCCCAAGUUCUCAGCACCGUUCACAAAGCCUACCACCACCAGCUGGAAACGAGAGGUCAGCAUCGCCUCUGCAGGCAGCAUCAGAUUGUUCCUCUCCUCUCUGUCUGCCCUGGGUUAGGUGUUUGCAUACUGUGGAUGCAAAGACUGACACUGAUCUGCAGCAGAAGAAAAAUCUGAAUUUCACAUCACUUACAGAUGAAGCUUGCACGUCAAAAGACAGCGCCAUCGUGAACAAAGACUGGGAGCUGUUGCUCUUAAGUGGAGAUGAAAUAAGCCUAUUCCAAUCAAACCUGGAGGAUUUAGAAAGGCUGUUUUGUUUUUUAUUCCCCUUUUAUUUAAAUUAUUGAAAUCCACUCUUGCACGCAGACCCAGCCUAAAGCGUCUGUGUCAUUUAUACCCCCUGAAAAAGGGGUUUUGCCUGUUCUACUGAGUUCUUGUGCUGGUCAUUUACACGGUGGUGGUUUUCUGUUCCUCAUGAGAUUUUCUGUCAGCCCUGAUAAGGUUCUGCAGCAGGCAGCUUUCUUAAGUGGGUAACGCUGAAGUCAAAAAGGCGGCACUGAAAUUCGGCCUAGGCUGCAUGCUUGCCUUCCUUUCGUUUACUCCUAAGUGCCAUCUGUCGUAAAAACAAAGCAGAGCUGAAACAACAGUACACUGAAAUUUAGGAGCAGCGUGCUUUGUCCUAUCGAGAUGCUAUUUAUCCAGGGGGGAAGGGUUAGUUUUUGGGGAUAAGGGCUUCCCUCUGGACCUAAAAUCUGUGAAAUCACAGGACGUGCUGUGGCAGGCAGAGCAGUAGGCCCCUUAGUGCAACAGCCUGCUCCUGCAAGACGCCAAUACCGGCUGCGUCAGAGGAGAACACAAAAUACCCCACAGAGGGGAGUUUAUAGGACGAACUGGCUUCAGAGCAGGUUUCUCUUAGACAGUAUUACCUUAAGUCUUCUGCCCUGAAUCAAAAAUUUCCUGCAGACAUUUGCAUGGCUAAGUUUGAGGAGGUACUCAAAAAUGUGUAUAAAUGAGAUAAAAGAGGAUUUGGGCAUACUCCUUUCUUGGUUUGGAGCAUAAUUCUGAAUAUCCCCAAAAAUAACAGCAAAGGCAGUCCAGAAAAGAUUCUGGCAUCUUAGAGUUCCCCUCUUCUGUCCACGUUUCCUUCUGCAGCAAGCAUUAGUAUCUUUAUUUAAAAUGUGUGUAUGGCACAGAGGUUUAUAGCCAGCUUUGACAAAGGCCUAUUAUUCACAGAAAGAUCAAAGUUUGAUUUUGGGUGAGUUUCUUUUACCCCAUCGAGCCUUUGGCAGGACUGGCCUUACCUUCAGUUGGUUAAGAUGUGGCUGCACGUUCAGUAGACAGAACAAGUAAGGAGCCAUAAACUGCAACCCCUCGUUCCUAAAUAAGGUCAAACCCCCUGCAGCUGUGCUGUAAGAUACCUUAACAGGUUGUAGCCCAGCUCUGUCGCUGCUUUAACGAGUUGAUCUUGAGCUUGCCAGGGCAAGUAUAGCAAAUGCUGUACAGAUUUUGAGUUGGCAGAGAGCUCAUCCUGUGCAAUACGGUCACGAUCCGUACCAGUAGUCCGUUACUUACACAUUUAUGACUAUGUAAUGCUCAGUAGGCCACUCAUAAGCGCAUUAUGAUUCCAGGGAUGUAUUCUAAAAAGUCAGGGAGAUAACUUAGGAGAUGACAGAAAGAAACUGCUCCGGUGCAGUUACGCUGCUGUCACUUUAGUUCUUAAACUAUAAUUUAAGCUAUUCUUGGCUGUGUUCAGACAUUGUGAAGAGCGUUUCUGGCUUGUUUUCCUCCAUGCUUACUCACUGCAAAUUUGCAAAAAGUUUAUUUAAAACUAAAUAGGUGACAACCACACAAAAACUAAUUUGGUUACCGAUACACAUGCGAUUCUGUGGAUGGUGUUUUGUUUCAUGCUACAGGUCAGCAAGAUGUGAGUUGGGAUGCCAAAUAUCACCUAUACAAAACAGUGCAGGCUACUUAGGUCCUACUACAGUUAAGCCACAUUACAAAGAAUUUAUUUUGACAGAAGCACGAAACAGAGAGGGAACAAAACCUGAAUGCACAAUUUGAAUAUUGUACUAGCUGAUCUUUGCGUAUAAUGAGUAAUACAGAAAAAAAAAGUGUUCUGUUUUAGAAGGUAGAAUAUGUUAAAAUACUCUCUUCUUAAAAAUAUAUAUUUUUGGAUGCUUGGGAAAGUAUUUUGACAAUUGUAGUCUUAUGUGUCAUUAGAUUUUUCAGGUGUCAAAAGUCUCAGAAAGAAAUUUUUAUUUUCUUCCAGCAUUUGGAUUUCUCGUAGGUGUUUUGUGUUAAGUGUUCUCAUGUUGCUAAGGCUUACUGGGGGGAAAAAGUAACAAAGAUGUUCCUUUUCAAUUUUUAAUUAAGAUGUUAAGAAUACAAAACAGUUGCUGCUUCACUUCCACUCCACUGCUGCUCAUUAAUGUAUAUUUAACAUCGCUUCAGCGUUUUGUCCCAGAAAAAUGUUGGACUUGAUCUGCCUGAAAUGGGUGCAAGUGUUCUCCUUGCCAGCACUGUGGGCUGCACUGGAUCCUAAGAACUCAAUUAGGGUGUAGAAGGGAAACAGCAGUUCCUAGAUUUUCCCUCUUUUCCCAAUUCAGGAAUAAAGCUGAAAACCUGCCAAGAAUAAACUGUUCUUCCAAUAUUUCCAUAGACUGUAACUUAAAGGUUGGGCUAGAAAAAUAAAUGAAUAAAGCUCCAGCACAUCAAUUGCUGAUGGGAGGAUGGCACUCAGCAGCCAGAGGGGCAGAACUGGCAUAUUUUAAACAAGCUCAGAUUUGACCAAGUCUUUGCAAAGGGCCUGUACCCCUGGCCUUGAUAUCUCCCUGUGCUGAAGUGGCUGGGAGGAGACCGCAGCAUGCCCCAACCCUGCUGACUUGAGCUCUGCUCGUGGAUACUUUCUAGCUUAAUACAGAUCCCAGGUCUAAAGUUCCAUGAAUUCACCCUAUAUUUUGUGCAGUGGUAGCUACAGCCAAAUGCUUAAAUAGUCUGAGCACAGGGCCAGGUUCCCAGCAAGUGUAAAUUGAGCCUGUAUACUCAGAUCAGAGCUUUGCCUCUCUACAUGAACUGAGGAUGCAGGUCAUCACUUGAGGGGAAAAAAAUAUUUCCCUUUUCACUCAGUCUGAACAGUGUUGGAAAGAACAGUCAGCUGAUGUUAAAAGCCUCCUUUUCUCCUCUGUUGUUAGCUUCUAGUGUCAACGUUACUAUGAAAGUGAUAACUUACAUCACCAGAUAAGCAGUUGUUUAAAUAAUUCUGCAGGAAUUGUUCUUCAUGAAGGCAGCAAGAGAUAAUUCUGCAAAACAAAGAGGCUACAAGAGAUGCUAGAAUGCAACUGCCCAGCAUAUUAUUUUGUAUCCACAGCCCUGAGUCCCCGGGGUAACAAUAUCUUAAGGACUUUGGCAUCGUAAUCGCUCCCUGUGUACUCACUGCAGCUCUUGGGGAGAAGAGGCCAGAGGAUGGGGAAGGGGCUGCCUGGGACACUGCGACACGCUCAGCCUUCCCACUUAGCUGCUGCACUGGGACCAAGGGGUUGGAGACUUCUCCCUCUGGGUCCUCAAGAACACCUGACCCAGAGGCCAGGGACACAAACAGGAAGAUUUCUCCUGAUUUCCCUAGGCUUGGGAUGAAGCCCCACAAAGCCUGGUCCUACCACAGGCUGCCCCCCCCCCACCUGCCUUUGACUUCACAAGGAAUAGAGGGGAGUCCUACAUCAUUUUGGGAUUGAGCCCUCCCAGUCCUGAUUUGAGCAAUGCAUGAGAGCGGGAUGAGAGUCUGAUUAUAUUCACGCUCAUUUCAAAAUGAGUGAUGCUAAAUAGUUGAGUUAGGCCAUAAUUAGAUAAAUGUCAUUAAAACCCAGAGCUGGAAAUUUGUUUGCAAUGCUUCACAACUUAAAGUACGUUGAAAUUCCGUAAGAAAACUAUUGUUUAGAAAGGAAAGUUUAAUAGUUAAACCACAGAAGUGCUUAAAUAUAGGGGAAAGUAUUUGAACUUCAAAAUAGGUGAGAAGAGAUGGUGGGAGCAAACAUGCUUAAAACAGUGAAUGAAUGAAAAAAAUUAAGCAUGAUUGGUCGCAUCACUCUAAAUUGCUAUUUAGUUCUCACCACUUCCCCAAAUACUCAUUCCCUGGGGAAUAUUCAUGAACCAUACACAAAACAACAAAAUACACAGCCAGUUCCUUUCUAUUUCUUCCUAUUGAAAUGUAUUUUCUGAAGUUUCUCUCUGUGGUCAGUUCUUAAAACUUGAUGUUAUCAGUGCAUACUUUUUUUUCCAUUUUAAACCUAUUGUAUCAUUCUGUUUAUUAUGUUUUUUAGUGUGAGCAGAUUGUAUUUAUUUGAGAAAAAUGUUUGCUGUUUAAAAAACAAUAAUUGUAUUGCCAAAAAUAGCUGUAAUUACCUGUGACAUCUGUAUUUUUUUUUAUUUUGAGGGGUUGGUUGUUUUUAAUCUCAACUUCAAGUGCUAACAACUGUUAAAACAACCAUUGCAUUUUAAUUUGCUUAUUACAUUAAAUGGAUUUCUCUGAAGUCAGACAAAAAUGCCUCGUAGGAGAUUUAAUAAAGAUGUCAUGCUCCCA